AUGAUUUGUUCACUCUCGCCCUUGAAGGAGUAUGGUCAAUAUGUGAAGAAGCACACUUCUUGGACUAUGCUGAUGAGAUCCUCAGUGACAGGAUCUUUUGAAAUGUUGAAAGUUUGCCAUGACAAUAGUCCUGAGUUGGUUCAGACAGACCAGUAUGGAGACAGUCUGCUUCAUCUGGCCUGUCGAGGAGGCAACAGGAAAUGUGUGGAGUGCCUGCUCCCGUCCUAUGACAACAAUGUCCGAGGUCGGUAUCACUGGACACCGGUGAUGAUGGCGGCUGUGUGUGGACAUGGGGAUGUCUUCCAGCUACUGGUGGACCACAAGGCAGAUCUUUCCCUGCUCUCAGAUACAAGAGAAUGCAUCCUUACUCUGGCUCAGAGAGGGCAAAGCUAUGACAUUGUGGAAUACCUGAGGAAUAUGUCAGGAAAUUAA